GGCAUCUGUGACCAGGAGGACCUUUGGGCAUAGUGGCAUUGCUGUGCAUACAUGGUACGCCUGUCCAGCACUAAUAAAGUCUAUCUGGGCUAUGGCCAUUAGUCAGCAUCAGUUCUACCUGGACAGAAAGCAAAGCAAGUCCAAGAUUCAUGCUGCAAGAAGCCUGAGUGAAAUUGCGAUUGACCUGACCGAAACUGGAACGCUCAAGACCUCAAAGCUGGCCAACAUGGGGAGUAAAGGCAAAAUUAUCAGUGGCAGCAGUGGGAGUCUUCUGUCAUCAGGUUCCCAAGAGUCAGAUAGUUCUCAGUCCGCCAAGAAGGACAUGCUGGCUGCGCUGAAAUCCAGGCAAGAAGCUUUGGAAGAGACACUACGCCAACGCCUGGAAGAGCUCAAGAAGCUCUGUCUUCGAGAAGCGGAGCUCACAGGAAAGCUGCCACGAGAAUACCCCCUAGAUCCUGGGGAGGAGCCACCUAUUGUAAGGAGAAGAAUAGGAACUGCCUUUAAACUGGAUGAGCAGAAAAUCCUGCCUAAGGGAGAGGAGGCAGAGCUGGAACGCCUGGAGAGGGAGUUUGCCAUUCAGUCCCAGAUCACGGAGGCCGCCCGACGCCUGGCGAGCGACCCAAACGUCAGCAAAAAGCUGAAGAAGCAGAGGAAGACAUCCUACCUGAACGCACUGAAAAAACUGCAGGAGAUCGAAAACGCCAUCAAUGAAUAUCGCAUCAAAUCUGGAAAGAAGCCAACUCAGAGAGCCUCCCUGAUCAUCGACGAAGGAAACAUUGCCAGUGAAGACAGCUCGCUCUCGGAUGCCCUCGUUCUUGAGGAUGAGGAUUCUCAGGUCACCAGCACAAUAUCCCCUCUCCAUUCCCCUCACAAAGGACUCCCUCCCCGGCCACCUUUGCACAACAGGCCUCCUCCUCCGCAGUCGCUGGAAGGCCUCCGCCAGAUGCAUUACCACCGCAGUGACUAUGACAAGUCCCCCAUCAAACCCAAGAUGUGGAGUGAGUCAUCCUUGGAUGAACCCUAUGAGAAGGUCAAGAAACGCUCCUCACACAGUCAUUCCAGUAGUCACAAGCGGUUCCCCAGCACCGGGAGCUGUGCCGAGGCCGGAGGCAGCAGCUCGCUGCAGAACAGCCCCAUCCGGAGCCUUCCCCACUGGAACUCCCAGUCCAGCAUGCCGUCGACACCAGACCUACGGGUACGCAGUCCGCACUACGUCCACUCCACGCGGUCAGUAGACAUCAGCCCAACCAGACUGCACAGCUUAGCUCAGCACUUUAGACACCGGAGCUCCAGUUUGGAGUCACAAGGCAAGCUCCUCGGCUCGGAAAAUGAGACAGGGAGCCCCGAUUUCUACACCCCAAGGACUCGUAGCAGUAACGGCUCUGACCCCAUGGACGACUGCUCUUCCUGCACCAGCCAUUCCAGCUCUGAGCACUACUACCCCGCUCAGAUGAACCCCAACUACUCCACCCUGGCAGAGGACUCCCCAUCGAAAGCCAGAGAGCGGCAGAGGCAAAGGCACAAAUCGGCGGGCAACCUGGUCUCUUCCAAUUCAGGGAGUAUGCCCAACCUGGCUGCGAGGAACGGGACGGGGCACCACCGCGUCUACCUGCACAGCCAGAGCCAGCCCUCCUCCCAGUACAGGAUCAAAGAGUACCCCCUGUACAUUGAGGGCAGCUCCACACCUGUGGUCGUGCGGAGCCUGGAGAACGACCAGGAGGGACACUAC